AUGAUUUACUCUACGCAAAUAUCAAGGCUCGAUGGCCUCAUGCUCUGCGCCUCGGUCGACGAUGAACAGGCCGAGUCCUCCCUCGCAGAGACCAAGCAGAACGUGCGCCAAGUCCUCCGCAAGCUCACUCGCAACUCCGAGUCCCAAGCCUCUAUCGAGACACCCAACCACACGCUUCAUUACAUGAUCGACUCAGACAUCGUCUUCCUCGCCAUCUGCGCCCCCUCUUACCCUCGCAAGCUCGCCUUCACCUACCUCGCCGAUCUUGCCCGCGAGUUCACCACCAACUACCCAGCAUCCCAAGUGCACUCUCCCGCCCUGCGACCCUAUGCGUUCAUGGAAUUUGACACAUUCAUCUCCAAGACGAAAACCACAUACGCCGACUCACGUGCCACGGCUAACCUCGAUAAACUCAACGACGAGCUGCGCGAUGUUACAAAGGUCAUGACCAAGAACAUUGAGGAUUUGCUGUACCGUGGAGAUAGUCUGGAGCGCAUGGGCGAGAUCAGCUCGAGACUACGAGAUGACAGCAAAAAGUACCGUCGAGCCGCUGUGCGUAUCAACUGGGAGUUGCUUCUCAAGCAGUACGGCCCCUUUGGUGCUCUUGGGUUCAUCAUCAUUUUCUUCAUUUAUUGGCGAUUCUUCUGA